AUGGCGACGUCUCGAAACAAGGCCCCCGAACGAGGUGUAGAGAAGUGGCCGCAGGGCUCGAGGCUUACGCGUAGACUAGCAAGCCGGCCGUCGUUUCCAAGCCAAGACGACCAUGAGGCGAUGAACAGGACGGGCGACACCGCUUGGAUGGCCUCGUACAAGCCGUGCGCCCUCGUUGCGGCCACGUCUCUCGGAGCCAAGACCAAGCAGGUGUCGGACGACGAGGAGGCGGUUUCCGUCCCCUCCGCCCAACAGCUACUCCGGCGCCGUCGGGAUGCACGUAGCGCCCAGGAGGCAUCUCGAUGGCGGGCCAGACGGACGCCUCGUCGACCCUGUCUUGGAUGGCCCUCGAUCGACGUCGGCCGAGUGAAGGGUGGCAGAGGCCGGCAAUGGCAACGGCAACACGUGGUCAACGACGAUGAAUAUUCACGGCUCGUGGGACGUGGUGGCUGA